AUGCCUGAGCUCAUCGUCAAGAAAGCCUACAUUGACGUCUCCUCGACAAACCAGCAACUCCACUACAGAUACGUCCUGCCGACAUCGACAUCCAAGGACAGCACCAUCGUUUUCCUGCACAAGUCCGCUUCCUCAUCUGUCAGUUGGGAGCGGCUGAUGUGCCACUAUGCGGCGGAAGGCUUCUCAUGCUAUGCGCCUGACAUGCCCGGGUUUGGAAUGUCAUUUGAUCCGACCGAACAGCAAGCCGCAGAAAUCGAGCAGGCGGGGACGAAGUGGUAUGCUGAAAUCUUCCUCGAUGCUCUGAAACAACUGGGCGUAACAAAGCAGAAGUUCCAUAUCAUCGGCCACCACAGUGGUGCUUCUCUGGCCACACAAAUUGCCGCAGACCAUCCAGACCUCGUGGCGAGCAUCUGUCAGAUCGGCGCGACUACCAUUGGCUAUGAAGAGCGGCAGAGGAUGAGGGAGAUCUUUCUGGUCCCGUUCAACCAGCCGACUGAGGAUGGAAGCCAUCUCCAGAAGACUUGGGACUACCUGGGCAAGAUGGGGGCACAGACCAGCCUUCACCUACGACAACGCGAAGUCAUCGACCACGUGCGCGCAUGGAGAGGGCGAAUGCUGAUAUACGGCGCUGUCUGGAACCAGGAUAGUGAGACGCUGUUCAAAAAGGUCUCUUGUCAGGUCUUGGUACUUUGUGCGAGGGAUGAUGUCUUGUGGGAGCAUAUGGCAAACGUGAAGGUGGUGAAGCCGGAGGCCAUCACGGGAGAGAUAGAGGGUGCCAACUUCUCGCCAGAUCGUGAUGUUGAUGGUAUCGUCAAAGCCUGGGACGGCUUUCAGUCUCGUUGUUGA